CAUCUCAUUUGCACGGUUGUGGUUGAAAAUACUGACCUCUUUCUUAACAUCGGAGAUGCAGAUUAUUUUGUCAUCACUAAGUGCUUGUGGUUUGAUUUUAAUCUUGUUCCAUUAACAUCUUUUUGUGUCAGUCCAGAUACACAUGCGUUGUCUACCAAAGCGUAUCCUGAACCUUGUCCUAAAAACAUGCACAAACACAGGGAGUUCGGGAGACAUCGAUGUUUGCCAAUUCCAUAUGAUUUGAACGGUACAUCCACUCAUACGAAUCACAUAUUUGUUCAAAUCUAUUCAAGAGCCACGGGAAAAUACAUUCAAAUCAAGAAGACCAGAGUUGAUGCUACUGGCGUGAAUGGUUCACAAUAUGCUUUACUGAAGCUUGAGACGGGUGGCUUGACAAGUCUUGUAACCAUCCGAGGGGUGAAAGCAAACCGUUACCUCUGCCUAAACAAGAAAGGACAUAUCGUCGCAAGGAUGAAAAAGCAAAAAUAUUCCAGGAUGAAGAGGUGCGAGUUUUAUCAAGACGAUGCUAAGGGGUAUGACCAAUAUAGAUCGGCGAGAUAUCCACAGUGGGUCUUGGGUUUCUCCAAGCGUGGUCACCCACUGAGCGGAGCAAAGAGUGCCAAUCGCAAGAAUAAAUGCAGUUAUUUCCUGCGAUACCCACUGCCAAACACUGGGAGAAAAAAUCGCCGAAACCUCAGGCGGAUGCUAAGAAAGUCUAGGAGACGUUUCUUUUAGUAAAAUCACUUGCUGAUACCUUUACUUCUCGAAAACUGAACCGUGUUAAAAAUGGAUACGAGAGACAAAUGUUCAUAAGCUGACUCAUAGCAGUUGAGCUCUGUUUUCAAUAAAUUAUAACACAAAGAUCAAACGCGAUUUAUAUCGAGUUAAUCCAUAAAAAAUUUUUGGAACUUCAUGAUCAACUGAGGUGAAUCGCAGACUCUUGAAAUCAUGUAAUUUCUGAUUUUUAUGUGUCAUAUUUAGCUUGAGAAUCACUAACAUUUCAUUAGGGCCAAUUUAUUUCAGGGUUUUUUUUUCUAAGAGCUUAGAGGACUUGUGGAGGCCUUCGGGCCUUAAAAUAUGUCAAACCAUUAGACUUAUCUAUUCAUAGUGUCUUGAACGGAAGUCUCUCUUCUGAGACGUUCUGAGGCUGAGCUCGAUCUGGUUUUCCGUCGGAGUGAAAAGAGCUCUAAUGGCUGAUGGAAAGGAGUUAAGUUUCUUUUUUUUAAAUCAUAACCAGACAAGCAUCUGCAUUAUUGGACAUUUAUAAGUGUGGAAUAAAAAUUUUAUUUAUGCAGUAAUUAAUAUGAAUAACAGUAAUCAAUUUGAACAAUGGUAAUUUGUGAAAAAAUGGAACAUUCUUUGGGUUUUUCAAUUUCAUUAACGGG